CAUAAGGAAGUAAACGUGGUUUAAUCUAAAGUAUAGCGGCUGUGUCCUACAGCCGGCCGAGCAACGGGUAACAACUUUCAAAAGCGUUUAGUGAAAAUUAAGGAAACAGUUUUAGGAUGAACACCACGUUGAAGCACUGGAAGGAGGCGGCCACUCUUAUUCUAGCCGCAGGUCACAAGCUCGGUGCGGACGGUUUAGCGUCAAGGACACCGCUGACAGCCGCUGCAGGUUCACCGCUGGGCAGCAGCCAUGGACGGUCACACAUGCCGCACAAAUCCAGCUGUGACUACGACGUUUUACUGCUGAAACGAAGCAGUACAAGUGGAUUCAUGCCCAAUGCGUAUGUGUUUCCCGGCGGCAUGGUGCACCCUUCGGACUUUUCGAGUGAGUGGCUGGACAUUUUCAAAUCUUUCAGCAAUUCUCCUAAUUUUGGUUUGAGAAGUGUCACUCAGCCGUUGGAGACCAGACCUCCAAUGUUCGCCACAGACCGACUGAAACUGGGCUCCCCUAUCCCGGGAGAGCUCGCCUUCCGGAUCUGCGCCCUGAGGGAGACGUUUGAGGAGUCCGGUGUGCUCCUGUUUGUGUCCAAACUGGAGGAGAAAAGUUUGUUAAGAAGCAUAGAGGGCAAGUGUACCACGGAUCGAGAAGGCCCGCUACAUCACAAAGUAAACGAUCUGUGCAGUCGUGAACUGAAGAAGUGGAGGGAUCUGGUAAACCAGAACCCAUCUAACUUCAUACAGAUGUGCAGAGAGUUGGAGGUGUUGCCCAACAUCUGGGCUUUACAGGAGUGGGGCAACUGGUUGACUCCCGCGGGCCGAUACGGUGUGAAAAGGUUUGACACGGCUUUCUUCAUCUGCUGCCUGCAGGAGAUCCCUCAGGCACUCCAAGAUGAAAAGGAAAUCGUGUCCUUUAGGUGGUCCACUCCCUCAGAGGUUCUCCAGAGCUACCAGGCACAGGAGUUGUGGAUCGCCCCUCCGCAGGUCUAUGAGCUCAGCCGCAUGUGCCGCGUCCCUUUGCUGAAUGACCUCCACAGCUUCUCCAGCCAGCGUGCCACGGAGGGCUGCGAACAGCUGCUGCCUGUUAUUUCUUUAAAAGAUGAACACUACACAGCGCUGCUGCCAGGUGACGGAUGCUACCCGAUGGCCCCUUCAGGAGAAGCCGGGGUGGGUACGAGCACAGACCCUCAGCUGGAGGAUCCUCAGGUGGAGGAUUCUGCACUGCACCGCUUUGUGACCGUAGAUCCGUACACUAUAACUCUACAGAUGACCAUCACUCCCAAGUACAAUCAUCUGCUACCUGUUUCAGAGCAGACCUUCCAUUAUGACUCAAAAAGUAGGCUUUGAUUCACCCUACCUGUUAUAUGAGCCCCACAACUCCCCUGUGCACAUACAGUGAAGCAAGACAAGUUUACUGCUUUUCAUAGGAUCAGAUGGGCCCUCUUCACAGCAGACAUUUUGCUUUGUCAUAGAAGGAAAAGCACAGAUGUAGCUAACAACAUAAUGCUUUGUUCUAUUCAUUGACUGUUCAUUUACAAGCUCGCAAAAAACUUUUUAUUCAAAGACGUAUUUCAACUCCUGUCAGCUAGUGAUUGCUCUUCUGUGGAGGAGUUGCUAGCGAGAGGAGGUUGGGUUAAAGUGAAUGGUGCAGCCGGCUCUCGGUUCUCUCAAAGGUCAGCACGGACCAUUUGUGUGGAUUAUUUUCGCCUCCUCGCCAGGAUCCUCUGAUCUCAGCGACUCCAUUUGAUUUUCCAACAAAGUUUUACUGUUUUAAAUCCUGGUGUGUCCAGGCUUUGAGCCGUGACCAUGUGACACAUGCACAAUACCAGAAAACUGAAACGGCUUAGUGGAAUUUAGCCAUAGUUGAUUUUGAUAAUAACACCUGCUGCAUUAACUACUAUGACAUGUCAAAAUGUCUUCAGUGGGAAAGGUUUAUUGUGUGCUUGUCAAUGACAGCGAAUCGUUUUCAGUACGUAUUAAAUGGACUGCAUUUUAAUUAUGAUGCUAAUUUAUUCUUUCUUCCGUGUGACUGUUGUGUCAUCAGAUCUAGAGAGAUCUGUCCCUCCACCAGCUCCCUUACUUGUUUUAUAUUUAAGUAACACAAAUUUGUAAUUGAUGAAUAAGAAGUGAUUGCUAAUGGCCUUAUUGUGCAAAGGUUUUAUUCGGACACUAAUUUCACAUCAUUUGAGGAGGCCGCUUCAGGAGGAUCAUCAUUGACAUUUGUUUUAGUGUAAGCUGCUGAGUUUUGUUUGAUUAUGGAGCUCAUUCCUUAUAAAAUAUGCUGAUUUUGUUAUGAUUGUUACAUGUGACUGUGCCCAAAAUCACAAAGGACAACACUGGCCUAGGGCUGCGAGAUAUGACCAAAAUCUAGUAAUUUCAUAUCUCAAUAACCAUCUUCAUAGCAGUUUUCUGGUAAAUUAAUAUAGCAAUAGCCCAGAUGAAAUAACCACAUGGUUUUGUAUACUGUUGUGUGAAUUAAAUACAUUGACAAAUGAAAAACACUGACUAUUUCUCUUACUUAAUUAAAACCUUUGCAAAAUAAUCAGAUUUUCUGACAUAUUUUGUAUAGUUUGUGCUUGUUAUCAUUUAGAUUAAGGAAGAGUGUUUCACAAUAUCUUGAUUCAUUACUUCAUCACAAUAUGAAUCCAUUAAAAGAUGAUAAAUUAUCAUAUUGAAAUAUCGCCUAUAGCCCUACAUUGGCCCACUCCGUGGUGAGGUAUUAAGAAUCAUGUUAUUUGUUGAAUUAAGUAAGAACUUCCUGGCCAGACCUUGACUUUAUGUUUUAUUUUGCUCCACACUUUAUUAUGAAGUAACUAUUUUAUUUUGACGAAUUUGAGCUUGUAAACCAUAGGAACUGUAAAUAUAUCACAGGGAUUUCGAGGUGUGUGUGUGUGUGUGUGUGUGUGUGUGUGUGUGUGUGUGUGUGUGUCAUCAGUUAUGGUGAUCCCUCUCAGGAGGAGUGCAUAUGUCUGGUGGAGACACUGCGGGGCUUCAACCCUUUCUCCUUUGGGUGUCUUCCCUGCUCACAGCAGUGUCCUCCAUGGCAUUUUGAUAACUC